CCUUGGUGCCUGUCAGUCGAGGGAAGUGUGUUGAAAGUUCAUUUUCGAGCACCCUUCGUCUCUGGCUCGACUGGGUUGCGCCCUAAUGCAUCUUUUUCACUAACUGCCCGAAGCAAAACCAGGGAUCGCUCGUAUUCUUCAAGGAUGGCUGCCUUAUGUCGCUCUGUUGGCUUUCGUGCUUCUCAUCUCCACACAAGUAGCCGUGCCUCCGCCAAGCAGCAUUACAAAAUGCUGGUGCUCGGAGGAGGAAGUGGUGGAAUCGCAAUGAGUGCCCGCAUGAAAAGGAUGCUGGGAGCUGAGAACGUGGCUGUGGUGGAGCCCAGUGAGAUGCACUACUAUCAGCCUCUCUGGACACUUGUUGGUGCCGGUGCUAAAACUGUUGCUUCAUCAGGAAGGCCCACGUCGAGUGUUGUGCCAUCAGGUGUCAAGCUGGUGAAAUCUAAAGUUCAGGAAAUAAACCCGGACACAAACACCGUCUGCACUGGCGAUGGGACUGAGAUCUCGUACGAGUAUCUGAUCGUGGCUCUUGGUUUGCAGCUCCAUUUUGAGAAGAUCAAAGGUCUUCCUGAGGGAUUUGAACAUCCAAAGAUUGGCUCCAACUAUUCUGUUGAAACUGUGGACAAAACUUGGACCGCGCUCCAGAACUUCAAAGAAGGCAACGCUGUUUUUUCCUUCCCAAACACUCCUAUUAAAUGUGCUGGAGCGCCACAAAAGAUAAUGUACCUCGCUGAUGCUUUCCUCAGAAAGACUGGAAAGAGGGAAAAGGCCAACAUCAUUUACAACACAUCACUUCCUGUGCUGUUUGGCGUGAAGAAAUAUGCUGACUCACUUUGGGACAUUGUGAAGCAACGCGAUCUUAAAGUGAACUUGAGACAGAAUCUGAUCGAAGUACGGCCAGACAAGCAGGAAGCUGUGUUUGAAAAUCUUGAUAAACUGGGCGAGACCACAGUCUAUGAGUACGAUAUGCUUCAUGUGACGCCCCCAAUGGGACCCAACUCUGUGAUUAAAGCAAGCCCACUGGCCGAUGAGGCUGGCUGGUUAGAUGUGGAUAAAGAGAACCUUCAACACAAGAGGUACCCAAAUGUGUUUGGGAUUGGAGAUUGCACAAACUUGCCGACUUCAAAAACAGCUGCUGCUGUCGCUGCACAGUCUGCUGUCCUGAACAGAACCAUAAAAAAGAUACUGAAAAAUGAGAAACCAGAUAAAAAGUACGACGGUUACACGUCAUGUCCACUGGUUACGAGCUACAACACAGUUGUUCUGGCGGAGUUUGACUACAACGGUCAACCACUGGAAACAUUCCCCAUCGACCAAGGCAAAGAAAGGAGACUCAUGUACCACAUGAAAGCUGAUGUGAUGCCGCACCUCUACUGGCACGGGCUCCUCAAGGGUGUAUGGGGUGGACCAGAACCAUACAGGAAACUUCUGCAUCUGGGAAUGAAAUGAUUCCUCACUAUCAGUGUGCAUAUUGGAAAAGACCUUAUUCCUUAACAGAAUAUAAGUAAGAUUGAGCUUUUAUAUUAUCAAAAA